AUGCUGUCCGCUCUUUGCUCCUUCGUCACCCUGGCGCUGGCUGCCGCCCAAGGCGUGCCCGAUGCUGUCGACGCCGGCGCGACGGCCCAGGUGCCGGGCCUCAUCCGCCACCCCAUCCGCGUCUCCCGGGCCGCCCCGCCCGGUGGUAAGCUGAGGCGGCGCCAGGUUCGUAUCGACCACACGACGCGCGAGGAUGGCAUAUUCUACACCAUCGACCUGGCCAUCGGCACGCCCGCCCAGACCGUGCCCGUCAUGAUCGACACGGGCUCGACGAAGCUCUGGGUCAACCCGCGGUGCGAGAGGGCGCGAAACGAGAAGCUCUGCUCCUCCUUUGGCCGCUUCACGAGCUCGCGGACCUUUAGCGACCUGAACAAGACGAGCCACGCCGUCUACAUGGGAAGCGCCAUGGCGAGGUUUCGCUACGGCUACGACUACGUCCAGGUCGGCCCGGCCCGCCUGAGCCAGCAGAUCUUCGGCGUCGCCUACGAUACCGAGGACAUCUCCGCCAGCAUCCUGGGUCUCGGCCCGAGGUUGGCCGACUGGCUCAACCCCUAUCCGCUCCUCCUCGAUAACCUCGUCGGCCAGGGUUUCAUCAACAGUCGAUCCUUUUCCCUCGACAUUCGUUCCCUCGACAGCAAAAGCGGCUCCGUCAUAUUUGGCGGCGUCGACACCAAAAAGUUCCGAGGAAAACUCGAAAAGCGACCCAUCAUCCCGCCGCCGUCGUCGCUGAAAGGCAGCGUCGGCUACUGGAUACACAUGGACGGCAUCGGCGUCCGCCGGGCCGACGGCUCCGCCGGCACCGUCUACGACAAGCCAAACGGCGUGGCCAUCAUGGUCGACAGCGGCUCUCCCUUCAACAGCCUCCCGAAAGCCGUCUUUGACGAUCUCAUCAAGCAGUUCCCGAGCGCCCAGCCCGUCAGCAACAGCUCGGACCUGUACACCGUGCCCUGCAGCGUCCGGGAUUCCGACGGCCACGUCGAUUUCAAGUUUGGCGGCGCCGUCAUCAACGUCCCCUUUAAGGAUUUCAUCUUCAAAUACGACCAGCUCUGCAUCAUCGGCGCCAACAUCGCCGAAGAGUAUCCCCUUUUGGGAGAUUCCUUCCUCCGCGCCGCCUACGUCGUCUUUGACCAAGACAACAACAACAUCCACCUCGCCAACACUCACAACUGCGGCACAAAUCUCGUCCCCAUCGGCAAGGGUCCCGACGGCGUGCCCUCCGUUGCCGGCGACUGUAUGCCUUCCUCGACCGGCAGCGUCCAACCGGCGAGCAGCACCACCGACGGCAGCGUCCAACCGACGAGCAGCACCACCGACGGCAGCAUUCCUACCGCUGGCCCUGACGACAUGAGCAGCAUCGCCGAGAGCGGCAUCGAAGACGGCGGCAGCCCGAACAGCAGCAACAUGACCGGCGGCAGCAACAUUACCGGCGGCAGCAGUACCAACAGCAGCAUCACCGGCAGCGGCAACAGCACCAACAGCGGCAUCGCCAACAUCACCAACGGCGGCAUCGAUACUCCUAGCACCACCACCAACAGCAGCGUUUCUGGCAACAUUCCUGACAGCAGCCUUGGAACCGCCAGCAACAAGGCCGACGGCAACGUUACUGGCGUCGACGUUGGAAGCACCGGCGGCACUGCCACCAACAGCAACAUUCCCAGCGGUAGCGUUGAACCCAUCAGCAGCAAUGCCGACGGCAAAAUGAUUGGCGUCGGCAUUGGAAUCGUCGGCGGUGAUACCGGCGGCAACGUUCCCGGCAGCAAUGUUGCGCCCAUUGACGGCUCCGUGGACGGCAAAAAGAUAGGCCCCGAUGAUGGAACCGUCGGCGGCGGUACCAACAGCAGCAUUUCUGGCGGGAAACCUACCAGCGUUGAGCCCGUCGACAACUCCGUCCCAGGCAAAAAGAUUGGCAUCGAUGCUGGAACCAUCAACGGCGGUACCGACAGCGCCAUUCCCGGCGUGAAACCCAACAGCGCUGAACCCGUCGACAACUCCGUUGACGGCAACAAGAUUGGCGUCGAUGAUGGAAGCGUCGUCAAACCCAACAGCAGCGUCGAGCCCAUCGACGGCUCCAUCGACGGCAACAAGAUUGGCGUCGAUGAUGGAAUCAUCGGCAGCGGUACCAAGAGCAACGGUCCCGGCAGCAACGCUGAACCCAUCGGCGGCGGCAUCAACGGCAACCUGAUUGGCGUCGAUGUCGGAAUCAUCGGUGGUGAGGUCGAUAACAACGUUCCUGGCGGCAAGAUCGAUAACAACAUUCCUGACGGCAAGGUUGAUAACAACGUUCCUGACGGCAAGGUUGAUAACAACGUUCCUGGCGGCAAGGUCGAUAGCAACGUUCCUGAUGGCAAGGUCGAUAACACUGUUCCUGGCGGCAAGGUCGAUAACAACGUUCCUGGCGGCGACAUCAAGUCCGCAGGCAGGCUGCCGAUCGGCGACGGCCUCCCAUCUCCCAACGGCGCGCCUCGCACGCCCCUGACGUCCACCUUUACCUCGGUCUCGGUCGAGACCAUCUGUCCGCCGCACGUCUCUGGCUGCCCUGGAAGCCAUGUCCUGUCCCGGACCACCACCGGCACGUCCGUCUGGUAUCCGGAUGCGAGUUUGGCCCCGAGCAUGGCACCGCCAUCGCCCAGUCUCCCUGCCGUGAAAUAUUCUUCGUCGACAUACACCAUCACGGACUGCCACGGGAAGCAGUCCUGCAAGGUCGGGGACGUUUCCACCGAGGUUGCGAAAAGCACGCAGCUGCCGUCGCCAAACAAUCCAUCCGUGUACGCCUCGACCAAGAUAUACACCAUCACGGACUGCCGUGGCAAGGGACCCUGCAGCGUGGGACAGCUGACCACGGAGCUGCUUGGUUCGUCAACGCUCGUGAGCCCGGUUCCCAGUGCUACGGCGGCCAACACGGCUCCUCCAAUGGUUCCUCCACCGGCGCCUGAUGCCAAGUCCGUGUAUACGAUUUCGACGGCAUCGACGAUUACGGAUUGCCGCGGCAAGGGACCAUGCACCAUGGGGGGCGUGACGACGCAGGUCGUCGCCCUCACGGCUUCGGUGUGCCCCCAGACGACGGCGACCUGGACCAUCCCCGUGGAUUCCGUCUGUCUCGAGCGUGAUGUGGGCUGCAAGCCCGGGGAGAAGAAGUCGAGUUACUUUGUCGCCGUCGUCACCCCCGUCACGCCGGCUCCGACGCCCAUUCCCAUCCCCGGAUCCGAAGAUGGCAAUUCGCCCUUGCAAGAUCCCCAGGAUCCGGUUGCUUCCCUCGGGACCUCGUCUCCCGCGCCAACGCCGGCAUACUCCGGCGCUGCCAGCAGGCGGAGAGCACCCGGAAUCGCCGCACUGGCUCUAUUUUCUCUGGCAAUCGUCCUCGCGUGA